UGAAUGGCAUAAAUAGGGAAAAUUAUUAAAAAAAAUUUAAUCAUAGAAUUUGGUUUUAUUUAAAAAGUUCAUAGAAAUGGAGAAUCGAGAAAAAGAGGAUAAAUUGAAAUACUUGGAGGAAUUGGUUCAGCCCCGACCUCCUGAAGAGACCCGGGUUUGGUACGAAAAGUGGGCCGAAGACUAUGAUAAGGACGUAAAGUUUAUGGAAUAUAACGGCCCGGAACUGGCGAUCAAUGAGUUCGUGAAUCUAAAACUACCCAAAAAUUGUCGCAUUUUGGACAUCGGGACGGGAACUGGAACUGUGGGCCAUCUCCUCAAACUCAAUGGCUAUACAAACAUCGAUGGCUUGGAUCAGACCAAAGAGAUGCUUGAGAUGGCGAAGCAGAAGAAGUGUUACACAAAUUUCAUCACUUCUGUGGUCACUAAAGAUACGAGACUUCCCAUUGAGGACAACACAUACGAUGCGGUUGUGAUGGCAGGCUGUCUAUGUCCGGGACAUAUCCGAUGGAAUUCAUUCCCACAGAUUAUUCGUGUCGUUAAAAAGGGGGGACUGGUGUUUUGGGUCGUGGCUGUCUCCAAAGCCUUUGAAGAUCGAGACGAAGACUUCCGGAACGGAAACAAUGAAAAACUCGUCGAAUCUCUGGUUAGCGAAAGAAAAUGGGAUUUCAUUCCCGGAUAUCCCAAAACAGUUGAGAAUUAUUUGUUCAUAGAAAUGGAGAAUCGAGAAAAAGAGGAUAAAUUGAAAUACUUGACGGAAUUGGUUCAGCCCCGACCUCCUGAAGAGACACGGGUUUGGUACGAAAAGUGGGCCGAAGACUAUGAUAAGGACGUCAAGUUUAUGGAAUAUAACGGCCCGGAACUGGCGAUCAAUGAGUUCGUGAAUCUAAAACUACCCAAAAAUUGUCGCAUUUUGGACAUCGGGACGGGAACUGGAACUGUGGGACAUCUCCUCAAACUCAAUGGCUAUACAAACAUCGAUGGCUUGGAUCAGACCAAAGAGAUGCUUGAGAUGGCGAAGCAGAAGAAGUGUUACACAAAUUUCAUCACUUCUGUCGUCACUAAAGAUACGAGACUUCCCAUUGAGGACAACACAUACGAUGCGGUUGUGAUGGCAGGCUGUCUAUGUCCGGGACAUAUCCGAUGGAAUUCAUUCCCACAGAUUAUUCGUGUUGUUAAAAAGGGGGGGCUGGUGUUUUGGGUCGUCGCUGUCUCCAAAGCCUUUGAAGAUCGAGACGAAGACUUCCGGAACGGAAACAAUGAAAAACUCGUCGAAUCUCUGGUUAGCGAAAGAAAAUGGGAUUUCAUUCCCGGAUAUCCCAAAACAGUUGAGAAUUAUUUGGUUGGAAGUAAUGGCAAUAUUUAUGCCAUGAAAGUGUUGUGAAUAUAAAAU